AUGGCGAAGGCCCAAGUUGAAUUUCACGAUUUCCUUGCCCUGCAAAAGGUUGCCUUCGACUGGGCUGACAGCUACGAUUCCAAAGACUGGGACCGUCUCCGCGGCAUCGUCGCUCCGAAUCUCACCGUCGACUACACUGAGAUCGGUCUCAGAAAAUGGGACCCCAUGCCCGCUGAGGAGUACCUCCAGAUGGUCUCUAGCCCCGACUUCCUUGGAGACCCGACAAUCAGGACGCAGCAUCUCCUGGGUGCCACCGUUUGGGAGAAGAUCUCGGAUGACUUUGUCAUUGGCCACCAUCAGUUACGAGCGGCGCACCUAGUUUAUACUGAUCCGGGGCUGAGUGAGGUUAAGCUUAAGGGUCAUUCGCAUGCGACAAAUGAGCACUACUAUCGGAAGGUGGAUGGAGUGUGGAAGUUUGCGGGAUUGAAGCCGACGGUGCGGUUCAAUGAGGAUCGCUUUGAUGAUGUUUUCAAGGCGACACAGUAG